UAUCAGCUCAAGGUGGCUGUUAUCAGGUUCAUCUAUUUAGAACCCCCGAGCAUGAUGGGCAAGGUUCCCCGCAUAUGCUGAGUCAUCUUUUAGGGAAACCUUGGAAUUCUCAAGAAAGUUUUCGACAUCCAUGGUUUGCCACUCACGGUACCAAGGACCUCGGGCAUAAAAUGGAUGUCCAAAGGUUUUGCAAAGGUUGCAAAGGUUUUGAUAUUACAACAUUAUUCUAUAUGUAUGCACAUGUGGAUUCUUUUCUUUUGAUUCCUCUGAAAUUUCAGUGAUGUCGGUUCAUGUGGGGGAUUUUGAACCAGACCGGGCCGCCAAGGGCUGCCAAUCCUGUUGCCUACCUACCCCAUUAUUCAAUACUCCCAGCCCGUACUCCGCACUCCAUACGGAAUAGUAGAGCAGGUACGGAGUAUCGAAUUACGACAUACUCCGGUACAAAAAUAGCAACACGGCUUCGGUGCCGAGACUUUAUGAUGAUCAAUCCAUGGUAGGUAGAGGAAUGAUUUGUGCAAACUGAACUCGCGCAUUUUAUCUCCCGGUCCGUGCCUUGGAAUCGAAAUUGCAUAGGCACAACGAUCGAUCCGCCAGUGGGCCGUCGGUUUCGGGCAUGUAUCGCUAAACAAAACAUCCGAAGUUGACCAAUCAACACUAUAAACAGACGGUGAAUAUCGGCAGUCUUGAUGCUCAAUUGACAUACAAAGUACAAUCAGCCAAGCCCGGGAAUUUUCGACUCCGCCUCCCUUCAUAUUGUUGACCUUAAAACUGCGAAUGCCCAGUCCUUCGCGCAAACAAUAUUCAGGGUUUGUCAUGUCAAAAAAGUAACUGGAGCUUCGCAGACCUCACCCGUACGGAUGAUUAUAAUCUACCUUCUGGCGAUUGCCAGUGCAUGGCAAAGAGCGGUCGCUGAUUCUGAUGCUUGUUCAAGCAGUGUGACCAUCUCGAGUCAAAGCGAGGCGGACAAGCUGAGCAGCUGCGACACAUUCGACGGAAGUAUUACGAUAUCAUCUUCUGCCAGCGGAGUGAUCACCAUCAAUAAUGUUGAGGAAAUCAAGGGCGCAUUGAUUGCUGAGGGUGCCUCGGAGCUCACGAGUCUUUUUGCCCCUGAUUUGGACAGUGUGAAGGGAGGUAUCACACUGAGUACCCUCAAGUCACUCACAACCAUAACCAUGGGCGCGCUAUCACAAGUUUCUUCGAGCAUAAUCAUCACGGGGAAUCCAAACCUGAAAACACUGGGAUUCCAAGAAUUGGAACAAGUUGACGGACAGUUGGAAUUAGCGGGAUUGUUCGACAGUGUGUCACUGCCUUCUCUUGAUCAAGUUAAAGGUCGGACAACAAUCAUAGGCAGCAGUUCCAUGUCAUGCAGUACAUUAGACACUUUGAACUCCGACAGAGUCUUCAAAAACGGCUAUAUUUGCUCCAGUGGCUCGUCUAGCCUGAGUCCAGGAGCCAAGGGCGGAAUUGCAGUGGGUGUAAUCGUGUUUAUCCUUCUGAUUGUGUUGGUCCUAUGGUUUGUACUUCGGCGACGGCGCCAGAAACAGAGAGCUAGAGGGGCCCGAUCAACUAUUCCACCUCCAUCAACCCCAUCAACUGUCGCGGCACAUGAUGAAAAGGCACCCAUUUCUCAGGGCAGUAUCUCACCUCAGGAAGAAGCAUCACGUCCAGAAGAACCGCAGACUCUCUUGCCUCGAAAGCCAGUGGGAUCGGCGAUAUUAUUGGAUGGUCGCUCAGUCUAUGAGGCCCCGGAUGGAUCCACUCCAGUCCAGGAAUAUCACGAGUUGGACGCGGGACCAAUAUUGAGCUCUCAUCAGCGACCAAUAAACGCAGACUAAGGUGAUCCUCAUUGAUGGGAAGAGAUUAUCUUGACAAUGAAUAGAACAGCCGUGAGAUAGCAUAAGCGGCAUGACAGGCAGCUUUUCACAAUCAUGCAUAUACCCUUGGAUCUUUUUGUUGAAUGCG